AAAGGGCUCCACCAUCUCAAGCUCCUCACUGCAGACACUAUCUCCUCAAGCUCUGGGCCUCCAUGAAGGAAGUCCAUGUCCACUGAUGCUGGGAAGAGGCCCAAGUCACAGGGAGAGAUCACAGGUUAGGGUUUCAUGACCAUUCCAAUUGAGUCACCCUGACAUUCCUCAGCUCUGGUGCCACAGGGGAUAGUGAAGAAUCUUCUAGUCAAUUCCAGUCUUUCCCAGAACUGGGGUCUUCCCAGGUUCCCUUUUUAAGGGGACCUCCCCACUCCACCUUAACAGGAUCUGAUUCACUUAACCUGAGAUCACAAUAAAAUGGUUGUGUUAAGUCAUCAAGGUUGGGCAGCCUGUCACAUGACAGUGGAUGGAUGAACUACUUCCACUCAUGACAAUCAUAUACAACCUUCAUCUCUUUCUGAAGUCACCCUGCUGCUUUCAGGACCCACAUUUAGCCCACUACUUUUCACACACCUGCCCCUUGGUGCCCUGACCUCUUCACACACAGUAACCAGUGAGCUCAGUCACCUUUUCAGUUAACAAAAUAUAUGGAUUCCUUGAGGUUGUCACCAAAGGAUGCCCUGUGAGGGGCUGCGAUGCGGAAAAAGAGUCCUUAUCUGAGACUCCUGCAAAGGUCCUGUGACUAUCUCUUGGCACUGUCAGCAUGAAGGCAUUGAGCACAGGGGCAGGUCACAAAGUCACCAUGUCAACCUUCCUGUCCCAUCAUAACCCUACAGUGUUUUGUCCCAAGGUGGGAGAAGGAUUCCUCAGGUAGCUGGGGGAAGGACACCCCAGAGCAGCUGCCUCCCCGGUCCCUGUGCCCUGAGUAUACCAGGUGGAGUACUACCUGGUGGUAGGUUAGAGGCAGUGAUCCUUACCCCUAAGUUCAGGUAGAGGUGGUGGAGAAAGAUUCCAUGUGACCUUCCGCAGCAUCCCAAGAGCUAUAGCAAAGUCCCAGGGACAGUCAAGAACAUGACGAGCCACAGUCCUUGCAUGCCUUGUUCGGCACUUUUUCUGCUGCUGCUCCUGUUGCUUCCUCCCACUUUUAAAGGUGGGAGCCUCCGAUACCAUGGUCCUGGCUGGAAACUAUUCCACCGCUUGAACAAGGGCUUCAGAAGUCCCCACCAACGCCAGAUACAACAAAUGAGACAAAACGUGCCCCAGGGGCAAUCAGGGAAUGAUUGUCAAGGUAUUUUCGACCUCUACCUCAUCCUGGACAAAUCGGGCAGUGUGGCGGAGAACUGGAUCUACAUUUAUUCAUUUGCAGAAGGUUUGGUGAAGAAAUUCACAAACCCUAACCUGCGGAUCUCCAUCAUUACCUACGCAACAGAGGCUGAAGUUAUCCUGCCACUCACCUCAGACAGAAAUGAAAUCAACAAGAGCCUUAUCGUGCUUAAGAACAUAGAGCCUCAAGGACUCACACACAUGCAGAAAGGACUUAGAAAGGCAAAUGAACAGAUCCGAAAGUCCACCUUGGGAGGCCGCAAUAUCAACAGCGUGAUUAUUGCUCUGACUGACGGGCUAUUACUGCUAAAGCCAUAUAUUGACACUAUGGAAGAGGCCAAAAAAGCCCGGAAAAUGGGAGCAAUCCUUUACACCGUGGGUGUUUUUAUGUAUAGCAGACAGCAGUUGGUGAGUAUUGCAGGGGACCCAGAUCACUGUUUUGGGGUCGAUGAAGGGUUCACUGCUCUGGAAGGCAUCGUUAACCCACUUGCUUCCAAGUCCUGUACUGAAGUACUAUCCGUGCAGCCUACCUACGUGUGCGCAAAAGACUCCUACCAAGUAAACAUUAGCGGACACGGGUUUAAUAAUACAAACAACAUGAAGCAAGUUAUUUGUAGAUUCACCUUCAGUGACUCCAGAGUCGUUGAUGAAAGUCCCAGUGAUGUGAAUGAAAACAGUAUAACCUGUCCUGGACCAAAGAUACAGCACACUGGAGAGGAUGUUUCUCUUCAAGUCAGUCUGAACAAUGGCAUCUCCUUCAUUGGGAACAAACUCAUUAUAACCAGUACCAACUGCUGGAGUACUAGGCCACAGGGAGGUACAGCCAGAGACACAACCAACCAGCCACUGAAAAAAGACCCAGACAAAGUCAGCGCUACUCCCAACCAGGCAUCACAACGUGCCACGUUCAACUGGACCUGGCUGAUGUUCCUGCCAGUCUUGCUGGUGACUCUACUCUUGCUGUGCUGCAGUUGGAAGCUUUGCAUAAAGCCUAAGGAGCCGCCACCACCACCUUCCCCUCCCCCACAGCCAGAGAAGGCGCCAGAAGAAGAGAGCCCUCCUGAAUCACCACCAGCUCCUUCUCCUGCUCCUUCUCCUGCUUCUCCUCCAGCCCCAUUACCUGUCAACACAAACCCUACUGUGAUUGUUGCCUGCUGUGGCUGUGGGAACAGAGGCAUGCAGGGAAACCUGGACAAAUGCUGCAGCUACUUUUACCCAAACUGCCACCAAAUGCCAUUGGUUUGGUGUCAUCCCAAGGUGCAGGGAAGAUGUCCCAGCUUCACUGUCAUGAAUCCCAGCUGCUCACGGGCCUCCCGCCGCCAAAAGCUCUGCCCUUGUUCCAAUAGGGAUUAUUUUCACCUUGCAGAACCACCAUACCCCACAAGGAUUGUCCUUCAACCCAAUGAGGAGUGUUUCAACAUCACACAGCCAUGCUGUAGCCCAAACAUCCGCUUUCAAACUGGCCAACAAAGUCUCCCAGUUGCACAAACUCUGUGCUCAAAGAUAUGCUCACCACCCAGUCAAGAGCAGCACACUUUCAACUCCCCACAGCCCUCAAGCCCAGUCAGGUAUACCAAGUCUCCCGCCAGAAUGCUGCCUCUGCUCCCUCCCCAUACUCGACAAUCUGUAGAAUCCCUUUGUCACACCUAUCCUUUUCCCCCAAUCUCUAAAGGACUAAAAUUCUAAGUUUAAGAGGC